AUGGAAACAAAGAAAACAGUUGAUAAAGAUGAGAGCACUAAGUCCCAAGUGAAAAGUGAUUCUUCCAAUCGAGUAUCCCUCGUGAAACGAUUUGACGAAAUUUGUUUCUCCAUCGGAGACUGCGAUGCUGUUGAGCUCAUUGAUGCCGAAGAUGGCACAACGUCGUCUGUUUGCUAUUUCGAACUGCAGGAACACAGCAAAUCACUCGCUGCUCAACUAUUCCACCGUUAUCGUCCAGAUUACGUCUUGGUGGAUUGCAAGGGGUGGGUAGUUCCAGAAGCUGUAGCAACUCUGGCGUGUAUGAGACUUGAGGUUCCUUUUGUUCCAGUCUCGUGUUACGAUCAGCACCGACCUGGCAAGUUGGAGCAAGUGGUCCACUUGUUGCAACAGCAGAAGAAAACAAAGAAACAUACAUCUUCUACCUUACCAUCCGUGGUGGUGGCCGUCACG